AUGUCAAAUGAGAACAGUUCUAUGUCAAAUGAGAACAGUUCUAUAUCAAAUGAAAAAAGCCCUAAAUUGUUAUUACAAAAUUUUAGUUUAGAAAAUAUUAGUAAGGACUUAAAUAGCAAAAAUGAAACACCUGGAUCAUCUUCCAAAAAUUUUUAUGAAUUAGAAGAGAAAUUAAAUCUAGCAUCUGAUAA